UAGGAAGUAAGCCAUGUACAUUUAGGUCAUAUGAUCAGUAAAUAAUAUAUACUUUUAUGUAAUAUAAUUCACAUUUGGUUUGCUUCAAUGUAGUAUCAAAAAAACUUAUAUACUGAAAAUCUGUAAUGGAGAGGAAAACUUCGUCAAAAUGCAAAUUUGGACCAAAUACAAAGAAAAUAGAAAUACAACCAACAGCAAUAAUAGAUAUGAAGAUACUCCCAGGUGUUGGAAUUAUUGUUGCUGAUUAUAACAAACGGUUAGUUGUAUGGGACAUUAAUCAGCCUGGGAUACAAAAGUCCGAAAUAAUCCUUGAUGCAAAACCAUAUGGCUUAGCAGUUAUGAGCGAAAAUACUAUAGCUGUUUCAGUCGAUCAUACACGCAUUCAAGUAAUAGAUGUUAACAAAGAACAAGUAUUACGAACUAUAGAGGUUGUUUCAAAAACAAUAGAGAAACCUCGAACUCAUUCACAAUCGUCUCGAACCAGUAGGUCUGAGCAGGAAGAAACCGAAUUACAGCCGAUAACUUACAAUAAUUCCGAAGUGAGAUUGUGGGGUUUAGAUUAUUACGCGAGAAAGUUUUACAUUGCUGCAAAAGAUCGAAUAAUUGUGAUCAACGAGACUUCGCCUCCUUAUGAAAACAUAAUUAAAAUCCCGAAUGGUUGGAUAUUUUACCUACAAAUUCACGAUGAAAAAGUAUUUUUUACCAACUAUUUGGCAAGUUCUUUUGUGUGCACAACAAUCAAUGGAGAUAUUAUUUUUGAAGUUAACAGCUCAGCUUUGAAAGGUCCAUAUGGGUUUGAACAGAUAACUCAAAAUACGUUUAUGGUGACUGAUUGGGUUGCAAAUAAAAUAUAUAAGAUUAAAAAAGAUGGAACACAUACGGAGGCCGUCCUAUCAAAAGUAGACGGCAUAGUCAAACCUAGGACAAUCUUAUACGCGAGAGAAAAUGGAAUUGUAUUAAUAGCUUGUGAUGGAGGAAAAUCACUUCUUCAAAGAAAAUGUCGGGAAAGUUUUAUUUUAGAUAAGAAUUGAUAUUUAUUAAUAUAAUUAAAAAAUGAUGUAAAAUACCGUUUUCCUA